UUUUGCUCUCAAUAAAUAAGUAAAAAUAGAAAAAUUUUAAAAAAUAAAAAAAAAAAAUAAAAAAAUUGGACGUGUUUCAUAUACAGCAUAACAUUAAACAAAAAGUCUGUCGAAUUAAGCGUUGAAGUACCCUAUUUCAAAUGAGUUUUUCAUGUUCCAGCUUGUCAUGUAUGAAAACAAACGAAAUUUCUGCCAUAAAAGUAUUAGCCUUUGGCAAUAUGCUGAUAAAUUACUCGGCCACGUUAGAAGAUCCAAAAGUGUUGGACCGUCAUAGAUUAAGUCUUAACACAAGAGUGGAGAUGAACAUGGACCGAUUCAGCGAAGUAACGUCCGAUUUAAAUAUAAACGAUGGUCUUAAAGUUGAACUUGGUGGAUCAGCUCUGAAUACUACACAGUGCCUCAAGCAGUUGGGUACAGAAACUCUCUUUUUUAGCGCCUGUGGCGAUGAUCAAGAGUCAAAAAUCAUCAGCGAACUUAUGAAGAAAAAUGACAUGGAUCGCAGUCAUUUCAGAGUGGAGACCGUAACGAAUGCUCCCACAGGGAAACGCAUAUCCUUGUGUCACAAUGACGCUCGAGCUCUGUACACAAGCAAUGGGGCAUCGGCGCAAUUCUCAGUAAACUUCUUGCGAUUCGUUUUAAAUGACGAGGAUAACUCUGUCUUGAGGCCAGAAAAUCGAGUGCAAAUAUUUUAUAUUGAAGGAUACUUUAUUCCGAAUCGUGAACCUGUCACCACUUACAUUGUGCGAAAUUACAUAAAAGGGCGGCGUUAUUUAGCCCUUAAUUUUUGUUCUGAACAAACGGUACGCCAGAACUUUGAUCACUUGCUGUUCAUGGUUAGCAGUGCUCACUUGGUAUUCGGAACUGAAACGGAGUUUGAGGCAUUUUGCCAAUGUUGGGGAGCAUCUAACAUAAGGGAGUUGGCCGAAGGUCUGGUCAAGAAGAAAGAGUCUCCCAUCAUAUUUGUCAUAAACAAAGGCUGCGAGGGUGUGGAAUUGAUAAGCAACUAUUUUCGAGAAGGCUGUGCCCCCGGCCCAUUGACUUUUCAAUCAUUCCGCAUGCCCUAUAGCGAGGAGGCUGAAGAUUUGAAAGGGACAGGCGAUGUUGGUCUUAAAGUUGAACUUGGUGGAUCAGCUCUGAAUACUACACAGUGCCUCAAGCAGUUGGGUACAGAAACUCUCUUUUUUAGCGCCUGUGGCGAUGAUCAAGAGUCAAAAAUCAUCAGCGAACUUAUGAAGAAAAAUGACAUGGAUCGCAGUCAUUUCAGAGUGGAGACCGUAACGAAUGCUCCCACAGGGAAACGCAUAUCCUUGUGUCACAAUGACGCUCGAGCUCUGUACACAAGCAAUGGGGCAUCGGCGCAAUUCUCAGUAAACUUCUUGCGAUUCGUUUUAAAUGACGAGGAUAACUCUGUCUUGAGGCCAGAAAAUAGAGUGCAAAUAUUUUAUAUUGAAGGAUACUUUAUUCCGAAUCGUGAACCUGUCACCACUUACAUUGUGCGAAAUUACAUAAAAGGGCGGCGUUAUUUAGCCCUUAAUUUUUGUUCUGAACAAACGGUACGCCAGAACUUUGAUCACUUGCUGUUCAUGGUUAGCAGUGCUCACUUGGUAUUCGGAACUGAAACGGAGUUUGAGGCAUUUUGCCAAUGUUGGGGAGCAUCUAACAUAAGGGAGUUGGCCGAAGGUCUGGUCAAGAAGAAAGAGUCUCCCAUCAUAUUUGUCAUAAACAAAGGCUGCGAGGGUGUGGAAUUGAUAAGCAACUAUUUUCGAGAAGGCUGUGCCCCCGGCCCAUUGACUUUUCAAUCAUUCCGCAUGCCCUAUAGCGAGGAGGCUGAAGAUUUGAAAGGGACAGGCGAUGUGUUUGUCGCCGGUUUCUUGCAUGCCUGGUUGCAGAAACGUGAACUGAGCCAAUGUGUUCGAAUUGGUUGCUUUUAUGCCAUUAAUGGCGUUAAAUCGGCAUCGAAAAGAAAUGUGAAUACAUUAUAA